AUGGAUACAGACGUGCACGUGGAUCUGAUUGUCGAGACGCUCAGGGAGAAACCUCUGGCAGAGCAGAUUGAAGAGGCUCUUACGGUUUUUAACAAUGGCACUCCUUCUCACAAAGAGCAAUUGGAAGUGGUGGUGACUUUGCUCAAGUACACGGUGCCAGAUGUGUAUCGACACCUCACGGCACCUACUCAGGAUGUGGUUGCCGAGGCGUUUCGCUCUACUAUCGGAUUGGGCAAUUUGCUUACGAAGAUCGAGAUGUUGCUUCGUCUGAAGGCUGAUCUUUCUCUAGAUCUUCUCCUGGUGCUCAACUGUCACACCAGGCUCCUUGAAAGAGUGCUCUCACCUGGCUUACUUCGGCAUUUGUUGGUGGGACGCCUGACUCUAGAGCAUAGAGAGGUGGACAGGUUGUUGUUUCGAGGUAAAUGCUUGUCAAUUCUCAGAGAAGCUGACUAUAAGUUGAACGGGGUAUAUAUACCGACUGUUUGCCGUGAUCUGAGCAGCUACGCUUCCUAUCUCUGCCACGAGUUGCUUUCGGUGCAUAAAGAUUGUGAAACUAAACUUUUAAACAUGCUAAUACACUCUCUUCAGGGCGUCAGCCAUGAUACCGCAUUUCAGUUCUUCGACACCAUGUUUGCACCAAACAAUUUGUCGUUUUUACGGACUUGCGUGUUUGACAUGAAACGAUUCGAGAGGAAAAGUAUUCUUCUAAAGUUUAUUCAGUUCGUCCAGAAUGCGUAUCUUCGUAAAGAUAUUCAGGAUCUCGUCCCUGCUAUAUUCAGCCUCACACACUACUGUUUCGACAACACUGUCUGGGAUAGUAUCAUGAUGGAAUCGAUAAUAAGCCGCUCAAGCUACUCCGUCAAUACUUUGGCUGCACAUUUGGCGAAAAGAGGGCUAGACGAUGACAACUUUAUAUCACUCGUGCAUAAGAACUUCCAAGUUUGGGGAAACGCCAUCCACAUGAAGGGGGAACCAAUUGUUGUUCAAGGCUUCAGAACACACCUUCUAGUCAGCCUUUGUGCUUUGGUGCCUAAGGAAAUCCUACAAACCGUUCUUCGAGAAAAAUCAUUUUUGGAUGCUAUCUCGAACAGACUCCAAGCCCUUUCAGAUAGAGUGAGGAGCCUAGGGGUGUAUUUGGCAGAUAAGCUUUGUGUAUUUGCUAAUCAGGAACGUAUCUUUAACAUGGAGGUCUCGUCUUUAGGAGUGGCUUUUCCUGAACCUAUAACAUAUUUUCAGCAAUUACUGCUCAAAGAGGCGUGGGAUCUACUUGAAGCUCCAACGAUAGAGCAGCCACUUCCAGACGUUGAUGAGCUUCUGCAGGCUUUGAAGCAAUCUCUUCGACAUGACAAGGACAAGGCGAUGAAUGAGGCCGAUGCUCAGAUGAGUGACGAGGAAGAUGACCCAACAUUGCUGACAACUGCAAAGGUUCAGUCUCCUUUGUACAUACGUGAUCUUCUAGCUUAUCUUCUGACAGAUACGAAAGCGCCUCAAGCGUACGAGAAGAUCCAAAGUGCGCUUAUUUCAGCCCCCAAUCUCCUUCGACAGAAGAAAGCUUUCGGCAACGAGGUCGCUUUCUACGCAGAAGAGCUACUUAGCAGAUUGGCCGGGAUGACCAACUACUUCGAGGAUAAAAACUUUGAGACGUUGAGACUAAACGCAAUGUUGGCAGUGGUGGUUAGUCAUCCACCUGUCACCACACAUCUUUGUCAUUUAUUACUUACUGGAGACUACUCUUUACAACAACGAAUGUGUCUCCUUUCAGCAAUGUCGCUUGCAGCCCGAGAGUUACGAGGCUAUAGGGAUGAGGCUGUUGCUCGUAGCUAUAGUUUGCAAAGCUUUCCGACUCAAAUGCUUCCCAGAAAUCUUCACCAACAUUACUUGGUUGCCGGCGGGCAAAAAUUGGAGGAGUAUAAUGAUCUGGCAAUUCAAUCCGAGAUUCAGGACAUGUUGAUAGGAGAGACGUCUGAGAAUGCCAAAGACGAACUAGCUGGGGGUCGAAUCCUCCGUGUUUCCGCCGGGCUACAAAAGAAAACAAAAGACAGCUCUCAGCCACUAGUCGCCAAGGAUGCACUAAUACAGUUUAACAAGUCCGUUGGAAAAACAUUCUUUUUUCCACUUUUGGCCAUUUGGUAUCAAAGCGGAGGGAUCAAUAUUGGUGAAUACACUCCGUUAUUGGUAGCUCAUUAUAUUAAAACACUUUCUUUGAUACUCCACUCGGCAUACCCUUCUGCUGCCGAUCUAUUCGACAUGGCUCGUGAAUUCCUCAUGUUUCUUGUUCUGUUGCUUCCGACACUUGGUGCUGAUCAGACUCAGAUGCUAGAGGGUGUUUGUACUGGCGUUCUUCUCGUCAUGGAAGUUGUUGAUAGCAACAUACUAGUUACCGAGAUGCUGGCAGAUCUUGCCAAAGUUCAGGCCCAUUUUGCAACUAUAUGGGAGAACAUUAUAGAUGAAAGGGUUAAAAGUCUAUGCGCUGGUUUGAUGCUUCGACUAGAUGAACUACAGCAUAAAUUUGAAAGGACCAUCAUGGAUCAAAUGAACCGUGGAUUUAUUUAA